AUGUUCGACUGUAAAUUCCCAAUUUUCGGAUUGUGAUAAUCAGAUAGGUUUCCUUGAAAAAAAGUAUAAAUAGGGAUUUUGACAGAGCGCAAACGACGUUUAUAAAACAAUCUGUCCCGAAGAACCUUGAUUUGUAUUUUUUCCUUUGUUGUUUUGACUUCAUCUAAUUUAAUUCAUUGUUCUCCUAAAUCCUCCAUUAGGACCUGAAUUGUAUUUCCAUCUUAUCCUUUGUUUUCCUUUUCUUUCGUAAUUUGCAUUUUUUUUGUUUUUGAUCUAUCUACAAACAUGGAGCCAGUUCGUCUUUACUACAGCUACAACGAUAUUCAUAAAAUGUGUGCUGAACAAGCCAAUAACAUACUACAGGUUUUUCGCCCAGAUGUAAUUAUUGCCAUUGGCGGUGGUGGUUUUAUUCCUGCUCGCAUUCUCCGUACUUUCUUGAAAAAGAAGGGAAGCAAAAACAUUCCUAUUCAGGCCAUUGGUCUUAGCUUGUAUGAGGAACUAACCACCGAUUCUCCUGAAGAAGUCCCUGGUGUCGAGGUCAAGCGUACUCAAUGGUUGGAUUUCAGCACUUUGGGUAUGGUCAGCUUGGUCGGAAAAAAUAUUUUGAUUGUUGACGAGGUCGACGAUACCCGUACUACUCUCCACUACGGUGUCCGUGAGCUUGAGCGCGAUGUUGCGAAACAAGCAAAGUUACUGAACCGUGAACAUGAGAAGACUAGGUUUGGUAUUUUUGUCGUCCACAACAAGGUCAAACCCAAGAAUGCAGAGCUCGAUAAAGAACUUCUCGACAACUACUACUUUGCCGGCUGCAACACCCCCGACUACUGGAUCAUGUAUCCUUGGGAAGCUAUUGACAUUGAUGAGCAUGAUGCUCUUGUGGCUAAACAGAAAGCCAAGAUUUCUGACAAGUCUGCUUAAACCCUUCUUUCAUCCCCUCAUUCUCUUCUCUAUAAUUUCGUCCCGCACCUAUUAUUUUCUCUUAAUAAUUUAGAUUCGUCCUUAUUUUGAGAUGUAUAGGGUAUAUUACGCACUUGAUCUAAUAAAACAUUUGCUAUUCUACUUUUACGCCUUUUCGUUGAUUUUCCAAGUGCUUUUCUUUUUCUUUUUUUUUAUUUUGUCACUUCUCUACAUAUAUAAUUUGGAUAACCCGUUUUUUUGAAAGCUUCAUUCAUAGCAUCUUAAUUUCAAUUUAGAUUGUUAGCCCGAUGACACGCUAUCAGUCAAUCCUUAGCAUAGCAUUAAUAAAAUAUGUGUAUGGUUCAU